UGUAAUUGGUAUUUGUUGGUAUUUGAAAUAAACUGUUAAGAAUCUUCAUGCCUGUAUGAUUCAGAGGAUGCAUUUUGCCAUCACAAACGGAGUCACGUGAAGCAAGGAAUACUAAGAAAUAACUUUGUAAACUAGUGGGAAAAGACAAUUGCUUGCGUCCUUAGACAAUACAUAUUGUGACAAAUGGAAAUUAAAUGUUAACAUCAUUCUGCAAUUUGAAGUAUGAUCCAAAGUUUUAUUUAAAUUGCUGCCUCGUCAAAUGAAAUUUAAAUUAAAAAUAAACUGAAAUGUAAACACUUGAAGCGGAUACUUUUUGUCGUUGGAUAUUAAUUGUGAAUUAAAGUCAGGCUGGUAUCGAAUAAAUAGAAUCGGAUAACAAUAGUAUCUAGUUACAUUCGAAUAAUCGAAGUUGUAUGGUGUAAUUAUUUAUGCUAUAUAUUUCACUAAGAAAUGGACUUUUUCAGUUGAAAUUAGAAUUUCGUUCUUAUUUGGGAAAUUUCGUUACACGUACAUGAUUUUAAAUACAGUGCGUUACUUUUUGUGUUUGAAAGAAGAAAUUAUUGCAGUUGAAGGGAGGAUCUCGAUGCAGAAGAAUUAGUUAUAAAGAGCAUUGAAUUUCAAAACGAUACAAUGCAUUGGUUUAAAGAGAAGAAGUGGAUUUGGAUCCUUCAAUUUAUCACAAUUUUUGUAUUUAAAACAGUCCUUACCAGCAAGUUCACUCAGUUUACUCUCUCGUCGAGUAAUGCACGGUAUAAUGAUAAUUUAGUGCAACAUUUAAACACUAGAAUAAUACAAUGUUUGAUAUUAUGUAAUGGUGCGGAUGAAUGUACGUCUGUUAACCACAAUGCGGGCACGGGCGUUUGCGAACUAACAACAUACGUUCCUGGGGUGGUGACACCUUCAACAGGAGCCGAAUCCAAUUGGAACGUUUAUUAUGAUGAUCGUUAUGUUCCAGCAAUUGACGAAUGGCAGCAGUCAACAUUCGUGCACGUGAAUGGACCUCUAACAGCUAGCUACGCCACGGACGGCAACCGCGACAACAAUCAAGUGAAUGAUGAAUUGUACUGUGCCCACACAGCUAGUGGUUACUCGUAUUGGGGAAUGGAAUUUAAGCGCGUUGCUGAAGUGUCCCAUGUUAUCAUCUUCUUUAGAAAUGCCUUGGGUAUCAACCACAGAAAUUCAAAUUUGCGGCUGCUGAUUUCGUCAACUCGACAAGAUUCGGACAACAAUAUUGGUUCUGACUGCGCAAACUACACCGGACCCCCAGCAUCGCCGGCUCUACCAGUAAAAAUCCCAUGCGCUAAUCACGUGACAGGAAAGUUCCUUAAGAUCAUUCACAAUGCGAGUGACUUCCUGUGCCUUUGUGAAGUAGAGGUUUAUUCGGUUUAG